AUGUCUUCCACCAGUACCGCUCCCUACGAUUCCAUGACCCCAGAGCAGCGUCAAGCCCACGACACAGAUCAGAAAGAGAAAGAAAGGCAGGAGCAAGCAGCCCUUCCAUACAGCUGGUCCCAAGAGCUUGGCAUCGUGACCGUGACCGUGUCUCUACCCAAGGGAACUCGAGGCAGGGAUGUCAACGUGGUGUUGGAGAAGCGACGGCUCAAGGUGCAACUAAAGUCGGCCCCAGAACCCAUUCUCGAUGGCGAGCUAUUCAAUGACAUUUCAAAAGAUGACUCUUCGUGGACGAUCCAGGACGACGUGAUGACCAUCGAGCUGGAGAAGACCUCUGCUCACCUCCACACGCCUCAAUGGUGGCCCCACGUCUUGACGCAUCAUCCCAAGAUAGAUACAACCAAGAUCCAACCUGACAAUUCGAAACUGUCAGAUUUGGAUGGAGACAUGAGGACGAUGGUGGAAAAGAUGAUGUUUGACAAUCAACAGAAGGCCAUGGGCAAACCGACAUCGGACGAGAUGAAGAAGGCGGAAAUGCUGCAAAAGUUUAAAAAGAUGCAUCCCGAGAUGGAUUUCAGCCAGGCCAAGUUCAGCUGA